AUGCCUUCAGUUGAACAAAGCCAAAUGGGAAGAGUUCUUGCAGGAAGAAGUGUUGUGGAUGAAUCCAUGCUUACUGGGGAAUCACUGCCUGUAUUUAAGGAAAAAGGGCUCAAAGUCUCAGCUGGAACAAUAAACUGGGAUGGUCCUUUAAGGAUAGAGGCAUUGUCUACUGGCUCCAACUCAACGUUAUCUAGGAUCAUUCGUAUGGUUGAGGAUGCUCAAGGCAAUGAAGCACCUAUACAAAGGCUUGCAGAUUCAAUAGCUGGACCUUUUGUUUAUAGUGUAAUGACUAUAUCUGCAGCAACAUUUGCAUUUUGGUAUUGCAUUGGUUCACAUGUUUUCCCUGAUGUUUUGCUCAAUGAUAUUGCUGGACCAGAUGGAGAUCGUUUGCUGUUGAGCUUGAAACUUUCCGUGGAUGUCUUGGUAGUUUCCUGCCCAUGUGCACUGGGACUUGCCACACCCACAGCAAUCCUAGUUGGAACAUCGCUUGGAGCAAAGCAAGGACUUCUAAUUAGAGGAGGAGAUGUAUUGGAACGCUUAGCAAGCAUUAAUUAUGUUGCUCUAGAUAAGACAGGAACCCUUACUGAAGGAAAACCUGCAGUUUGUGCUGUGGCCUCAAUCUCUUACAAAGAAUCAGAAAUUCUUCAAAUGGCAGCUGCUGUAGAGAAAACAGCAUUGCAUCCCAUUGCAAGAGCUAUUGUAAACAAAGCAGAAUCAUUGAAAUUGACUAUCCCGGUAACAAGAGGGCAAUUGACAGAACCAGGUUUUGGAACCUUAGCUGAAGUAGAUGGAAAUUUGGUUGCUGUUGGUUCUUUGGAUUGGGUUCACGAACGAUUCCAGAGAAGGACAAACCUCUCUGGUCUAAAGGAUCUGGAAACUAAAGUGAUGUGUCAGUCGUCAGAAGGGAUGUCAUCAUCAAACCAUUCAAAAACAGUUGUCUAUGUUGGAUGUGAAGGGGAAGGCGUUAUUGGUGCUAUUGCAGUAUCAGACAGUUUGCGCUAUGAUGCCGAAUCUACUGAGCUUAGGCUCCAGCAGAAGGGUAUCAACACAGUCCUUUUAUCAGGAGACAGGAAAGAGGCAGUAGCAACCAUUGCAAACAGAGUUGGAAUUGGAAGUGAAUUUAUCAAUGCAUCCUUGACUCCGCAGCAAAAAUCUGAAGCUAUAUCAAGUCUUCAAGCUGCAGGGCAUCGUGUUGCAAUGCUGACACUUAGCUUUUUGAAGGUAGGUGAUGGGAUAAACGAUGCACCUUCUUUGGCUAUUGCCAAUGUUGGGAUUGCCGUCCAGAAUGAAGCUCAAGAAAAUGCUGCAUCUGAUGUUGCAUCCAUUAUACUUCUUGGCAACAGGCUUUCUCAGGUUGUAGAUGCCCUGGAUCUUUCACGAGCAACAAUGGCCAAAGUGUACCAAAAUCUAUCAUGGGCAAUUGCAUAUAAUGUUGUUGCCAUUCCUAUUGCAGCCGGAGUACUGCUUCCCCAAUAUGAUUUUGCCAUGACUCCUUCGCUUUCAGGUGGACUGAUGGCUUUGAGCUCGAUAUUUGUUGUCAGCAACUCAUUGCUUCUACAGCUCCAUAGGACUGAGAGGAACAGAUAG